UGUAAUCUUUGAUUAUCCGCAUUUUCCGCAUAUUUUCCAAAUUUGAAAUUUCAAAAUUCUUAUUAGCGGUCUCGUUGAAAUGUUGAGUAAUUAUUUCGUUUAGUUAAUUAUUUGGUGGUUAUGAAGUUUUCAUAAUGUGUAGAGAAUCACAACUGUACCCUUUGUGAUAGCUUUCUGAAGGAGAUAGUAUUUCAUUUAUUUUUCACCAUCACUUUCUACAGUCCUGCACUCUUGCAGUAUGGCAUCUGUUGCCGAAGAACUGAAUCCACCCGAUCUUUUAUCGUCUGUAUCUGCUAUGAACGCGAGUCCAGACUCUGAGGAUAAUCAAGAGAAAGACGAUCAAUCCUCAGAGAUGAAUGCAAGAGAUGCCGAUCUCUUGCUUAAGAUAAUGAAUUUGCACUGUCCUUUCAUUUGGAAACCUGAAGAUUCGCUCAACUCAUACAACUCUGAUUCUGUGGAAGACAUUAUGAACGUGGAUGAGGUGUUCGACGAGGCUUCAGGAUUCAAACUUCGAAAGUUUGUCAUUCAUUUGAUCUUAUGCUACAAUAACUUUAACAAACGGUUGAUUGAUAAAUCUCUGAAAAAUCUUGAUGAAAUGGAGAAGAUGUUGUUAACGUCGAUGAAGAAUAGAAGCCAAGAUGUGUAUUUCACGCUAAUCAACGAUGCUUUAUAUCAUAUUUUGCACAGCUGUCGAGUUGUAAUGCUGCAUUCGACAAAUCAAGUGGAAAAGGCUCUACAAGCUUUACAAAAAGUUACUCCUUAUGAUGCGUUAAAUCCUACGAAUCAAGCCGGUAUUUGGGCUGUACGUGCUCAUCUUUACGUUGAAUUCGGCUACGAAGGCAUCAAAGCCGCCAUUCAAUACAUCGAAAAAGCGACAAAAAUUGAUAACGACAAUCCACAAUGGCAUUUUCUUAAGGGAAUGUACCUAGGACGAUUGAGGAGGAUGGAGAGUGUCGUAGCUAUUCCAUCUAUGGAUGAAAUCGCAGCGUUGGAAUUGGCGAUGAAGUUGAAAGAAGACGCCUCAUUUAUGGCGUUUGCUGCGGAGGUGUACGUCGAAACUGCUAGCCGAACGAAGAAAAAAUCACAAAUGUUAUUACUCGCAAAUGAAGAAGAAAGACGAAAAUUAGCGGAGAAAAAUGACAUGAUAAAUGAUCGUGCGGCUUUAUUAUUCAAGAAAAGUGUCAGUCUGAAUAAAAACAAUGCACAUUUACUCUUCCGAUGCGGUAAAGGAAUGUUAAAACUUGUUCCGCCUUAUCAAGAUGUUCGUUUAGCUCGCAAAUAUAUAGAACGCGGAUUGGAAAUUGCGUAUGACAGUAGUUUCGGCAAUCAUGCUAUGGCAUUGUAUUAUAUGAAGCACGAAGAGGAUUACGACAAGGCGAAAAAAUACCUUAUCAAGGCUACCGAAAGCAAGAAUUUCGGUGCAGAAAUCGAUCUCAUCAGAGUUAACUUUCUAAUCGAGAAAGAUGCCGAAGAAUUAAUCGAUGGCUUGUUGAAGCUUUUUGAUCGGUAUGAUGAUAAAAUGAAACAUCGAAAAAUUUUAGCCGAAAUAGAAGCCUAUUACUUAUUUAUCGAGUACGAUCUGAUGAAAGCGAUUCAUUAUAUGAACAAAUUGCUUUACUUGAUUGUAGAUCACGAUGAUAUUAUAAGCACUUUCAAAUCUGGUGUGCUUCGUCAAAGGUUUCCAGUUUCAUUGUUGGAAAUUUUGCUCAGUGAUAUCGCCGAUCGCUCUAAUAAAGAAAAGUUGAAUUCAGAAGAACAAGACGAAUGUAGGAAAUUUAUGCAGCGUUUGUGCUAUCAGAACGUUACUAUCCCGCGACCGAAAAAAGAAAAUCUUCGUAAAACGUUCGUAAAAGACAUUCGUAGUAAUUUCAAAGACAUGAACGUGCGUAAAGUGGAAAGCUCUUCAUCACGUACCGCCGAAAAACCAGUUCGCGAGGAUUACAAUCCUGUUGAAUGCCGAUUCGAUAAGCAAUAUGCUAAAAAAUAUUACGAGGAAGAUGAGUCGUCAAAACCUCAAAAAAAUGUUGUCGAUGAAUUUUUUGAAAAGUACCAGGCUAAGCUUGAAUUACAAUCGCAGAAAGAGGAACGUACAGAAUCGAGAAAAGGUCGUUCCGACAAAUCAAGCAAUCAGCUCGAGGCUAAGUCAAAAGAAUCAAGCGAAUGUCAUCCUAUUUUACAACGAUUAUUUAACAAAAUGAAUGAACCGUCGAAAGAAGAGUAUUCGUCUGACGAAAGCGAAGAUGAUGAUAAUGAAGAUAUGAUCGACAAAAUAUCAAGACAGCUGAAUCUUCGUUUAAGUGUAUCAGCGCGUUCAGAAAUUUCCAAGAAAAUGAAUCGUUCUAAAAAUAUCAAUGAUGGCGCGUCAACUUCUCGCCAAAAGGAUCAUUUCAAGGCUUCUCUCGAUUAUCGUCGCCGUUCUAGUCGUAGUCCUGCAAAACGAUCCAGAAGCCGAGAAAGUCGUCGAACCGGUAAAGAAUUAUCUAAUAGAAGAUCCGAUAGCCGAGAAAGUUAUCGUUCGACCAAUGAGUCGCAUAGAAGAAGAUCGCCUAGUACUGAAAGUCGUUAUUCAACUCGCCAUUCACAUCGCAGGAGAUCACCUAGUCGGGAAAGUCGUCGUCGAUCAAGAAGUAGGGAUGAACGGCGAUCCCAUAAAAACCGAUCUCUCAGCAGAGAAAGUUACUAUUCUACAAAAGAGAGAAGAGCCUUGAGAGAUAGAUCUAAAAGCCGAGAAGAUAACAAAUCUUCAAGACGACGAUUACGUAGUCGUGAGGAUAAGUACGCGGGUAAAUCAAAUCGCAGAAGAUCCUCGAGUCGUGAAAGCGAAUCGACGAGUGGAUCUGAAAGACGCUCUCGUAAAGAACAAUCUUCAAGUAAGGGCAGAAGAAAACGAGCGGAAAGUAGAGAGAGUAUUGACUCGCGCAAAGAAUCAAUUCGUACACGACGAUCUCUUAGCAGAGAGAAUUAUUCAUCAUCCAAGCCAGCUUCCAAAAGACGAUCGACGAGCCGCGACAGUCAUCCAGAACGUUCUAUCAGUAAGGAAAGUCACAGGUCGUCGAAAGUAAAAGAACGAUCUCCGAACAAGGACAGUCGUCGUUCGAGUAGAGAAUCUCGCCACAAAAGAUCCGCCAGUAAAGAAAGUCAUAAGUCGAGGAAAGAAUCAACUGGGAGAAGAUCCUCAAGUCGGGAAAGUCGUCGAUCCCCAAACGUAAAAAAUUCUCGAAAUGAGCGAUCGAUUAGUAAAGAAAGUCAUCGGUCGUCAAAAGUAGAAGAACUUCCUCACACAAAACGAUCUCUUAGUAAAGAAAGCUGCCGGUCUAGUAAACAACCCCAUCAAGAAAGAUCUACGAGCCGUGAUAGUCGUAAAGUGAUGAAAUCAUCAUCGUCAAAAACACCACGCGAUCGUCAUUCGCCUGUCGAUUAUUCUGAUUCAAAAACUAUCUCGGCAGAUAGUGAUGAAUCCGCCAAUUCCAAAGAAAGAUCUCGUAGUCGAAAUAAGCGACGCUCGCCUGUUCGCUCGCCUCUUCCAGAACGUAAAAAGCGGUCUGAAAAAUAUAAGAAAUACGAAUCAGAUGAAACUUUAACAGAAUCAACAACUGACAGUGAUACUGAUCACGGCAAAUAUAAGUCUUCCAAAAAAAAUCAUCGUCGUGAUCGUCAUCGAAGUCGUAGUCCUGAUCAUCGUAGAAGAAAUCGUCAUAGAAGUUACUCCUCCGAUGAAACUCGUUCAAUACGUUCGAGUGAUAAAGAAAGUAGUCAAUCGGAAAGUUUCACCAGCAGAAAUCGUCGCGAUAAUCGUCGUCGGAAACAUUUCGAUAGUCCUUACGAAGACGGCUCAAGUGAUAGUUCUUCGAGAUCUCACAGAAAACUCGAUAAAAAAUCAGGAAAAGAAGAGACUGACGAUAAAGUUGUUCCGCAACAACGCGACGAUGAUCAUAAAAAUGACGAAUGAGUUACUUAUAAUGAUCCUUAGCCAAACGGUUGUAUUUCCUGUAUUUUAAUGUGCUUUAUUACCAAAUUACUUACGUAUCGAAUUGUUAUUUUGCAUAAUUUUUUUAUUGUAUUUUUUAUACCUAUGUUGAUUUUUCAUUAUCGUACAUGAGUAAUUUACGAAUAAAAAAUCGAAAGCAUUUUAAUCUCAGUAUA